CUUGGAGGCUCUUGACCUCUCUACCACAGUUUACGUCCAGAACUAUUGCCAACAUUUGCCUUGUUUAAAUGACUACGGGGCGUAACUCUUAACCUACUUGGAUAAACCGGCACUUUUUCAUUAUUAAACAAACACCAACGAGCGCUCUGCUAUCCAGCAGAGUAAGCAGAGCACUUCUCUCCGUCUCCGUGCGCCACUCAAUUAAACGAGCUGCGCGUUCAGUCUUGGACUGCGGCACUGACCUGCUAUCCAACACUUCACCGUUGCAUCGACGACAUCACCGUAAACAUGGCGGGUCUCAUUGCGAAGUGGAUCAGCAAGAAGAUUCUGGCGGAAAAGGUCGAAAACAACUUUGGCCGCGAGGACCCCUACUUUGAAACAGUCCCUGCCACCAGGCUUGAUGGCACCCCUACCGGCAAGGUCAAGAAACGCAGAAAGGCACUGCCUCCAGGAAUCUCCAAGCAAGACGGAGAGGUCUUGACAAAGGUCAAGCGUCGAGCCUACCGACUCGAUCAGUCUUUGUUCACCUGUUGCGGUGUCAAAUUUGGUUGGGGCAGCGUCAUCGGUCUGAUUCCUGCUGUUGGCGAUGUGCUCGAUGCCUUUAUGGCCAUGAUGGUGUUCAGAACUUGCUCCAAGGUCGAAGGUGGACUACCGAAUUCGGUUAAAUCCAAAAUGAUGUUCAACAUCAUCAUUGACUUCUUCAUCGGUCUUGUGCCCUUUGUGGGAGAUAUCGCCGAUGCUGCUUUCCGCGCCAACACCAAAAACGCCAUUGUCCUCGAAGAGUAUCUUCGCGAGAAGGGAAAGAAGAACCUACGUCGCAGCGGAGCACCUCUACCAGCAGUUGAUCCAAGCGAUGCGGAAGAGUGGGAUCGCCUGCAAGGAGACCGUACACCGCCCGAGUAUGUCAGUCGGGAGCCAUCUCGCAACGGACACAUGUCGUCGAGCCACCAGAACUCGUCCACUGGACGCCCCCCGGCGCCUCCAGCCAGCGCUGCUGUAAGAGAGGAACGGUCGACUGGUGGUGGGCGAGGCUGGUUUGGGUUCGGUCGAUCGAGAGUUGAUGAUGUGGAGUCUGCUCGCGAGCCCAGGGACAUGCCAGCCCAACAAUCGCGGCGAUAGAUUCAUUCAUAAGUGUCUCGAAGUCGAAAGGGAGACAGGAUGAUGAUGAUGAGAGGCUUAAUUCGGGCAGUUUUUCUUUGCCAGGCCUCCCGCCGAUACGAUAUUUCAUUAUUCCCUUGGUAUUUGUUUGUUGAGCACAAUGGUCAAAGAGCCGGGCGUUCUGGGAAAGUUUAUUCACAAACACGUCUGAUGCCUUGGGGGAAGGGUGGAUGCUUGAGUAUGAACACGACACGAUGCCUUUUCUUUGACAUACCCACUCUGCGUUAGCUGCACUCGAAGAUGAUUAAUGGAACAUAUGCAUGAA